CGCAAUCCGUGAUGGAUCCAAAGAGGACGGAGGGUUUGCGGUAGGGGAACGCUGAAGCGCGGCGCAGGGGAGGAUGGAGGUGGCGGAGACCAAGGCGGAGGCUGCUGCGUUAGAGACCCUGGCAGAGGUGGCAGAUAUCCUGGAGCCAAGAGGCCUGCAGGAGGAGGCAGAAGUGCCUGCCCAGAUCCUGGCCGAGUUUGUGACGGACUCCCGAAAGAAAGACAAGCUGCUCUGUAGCCAGCUUCAGGUGGUAGACUUCCUGCAGAACUUCUUGGCUCAGGAGGACACUGCCCAGGGCCUGGACCCCUUGGCUUCUGAAGACACGAGCCGGCAGAAGGCAAUUGCAGCCAAAGAGCAAUGGAAGGAGCUGAAGGCCACCUACCAAGAGCAUGUGGAAGCCAUCACAAGUGCCCUGACUCAGGUCCUGCCCAAGGUGGAGGAGGCCCAAAGGAAGCGGGCACAGCUCCAGGAGGCCCUUGAACAACUCCAGGCCAAGAAGCAAGUGGCCGCGGAGAAACUCAGAGUAGCGCAGAAGCAGUGGCAGCUGCAACAGGAGAAGCAUCUGCAGCAUCUGGCAGAGGUUUCUGCAGAGGUGAGAGAGCGUCAGACAGGAAUGAAACAGGAGCUCGAGCGGCUGUAUCAGGAACUUGGAACCCUGAAGCAGGAGGCAGGGCAGGAGCGAGAAAAGCUGCAGAGGCACCAGACCUUCCUCCAGCUGCUCUACACCCUGCAGGGUAAGCUGCUACUCCCUGAGGCAGAGGCAGAGCUACCACAAGAGCAGGAUCUUCUUGAACCUAAGUCCCAGCAGGUGACCCAGUCCCGGGAGCUCAACACUGGGGACACCAUGGAGAGAGUCGGGGAUGUGUUGUCCAAGGCCAGUGGCCCACCACCUAUUGCAGAUGCAAGCUUGCCACAGCUUUCUGAGAGACAGCAGCAUGGGGAAGGAUCCUAGAUCAGGUCAGACUCCAACUCAGGCCCUGACGUCCCUGGACUGCAGGAAUCAUUUAUUUCAAUCAUGAAGACACCUGGAAACUACGGGAAACUCAUCUCACUUUGUUGUAGUACUGAUUGCUAUCAAAGGUUUGCAGUUUUUUACCUGAGUGUCCUGUUUAUUUGUGAAGAAGCUAAAUGACAGCCUGGUUCAUUUUUGAAUUUUGUACGAGGAGUAGAGUUCACAUGUAGUGCUAACUUAGAAUUCAAGAGAUAUUUUCUUCUUGGAUGUUUGUCUUAUUUUGACAAUAUUAAAGUUUUGUU